UCGGGUGGAAAAGCGUUACGGUGGAAAAGCUCUUGUGUGGGCUGAAACGUGACGAUUUCGACGAUUCGCGUGCAGUGAUAAUUAAUAUUUUCGUACACAGUGUUCGCAAUUGUUAUUACCCGUCAGAUGGAAAAUUAAAUAUACACCGAUUCGCUCGAAAACGACAAUCCGGGUUUCACGUUGGGCUGUGCAAGGUUGUGGGUUGGAUCUUCGUACAUACUGGCGAAUUUAAAAUACCUGGUGUUGUCACUGAACUGGUGUGGUUCUAUAUGGAUUGUGAAAUUAAAAUGUAUAUUAAUUAAAAAUGAUUGUUUGCGGUGAAACAGUGUAGCUUCUGUGUACAGAGCGGUCAGAUUUACGCGACUACCGAUGCACAAUUAUUCGCGGUUAUUGUGGAAUCAAAUGAGACUUUCGGGAACAAACACGGAAAAGUCAAUGCCGUGCAACCGUGCGGGAGUGCGAAUAUUGACUUAUUCAUUAUUUAUACACUGUAUGAAACGACCGCAUGAUUGGUGUGACGACUGCCCGGGUACCGAUACGUGCGAGGCCUAAAUAAUUUGAAACUGCUGAUUGCAUGCAUAUCAUCCAUCAGUCGCAAAACUCGAUACGCAAACAGUGUUAAGAACGAAUCGAUUUCCAUCAAUUAUCCUGUUUUGCAAGCAAUCAUAAAUUAUGAGGGACGAACCAAUAAUACAGAUAAGAGCGAAACAAAAUAAUGAACAUCAUAUUCCACUGCCAUAGAUAACAAAUAGCGUACUUGCUUUAUGGCAAGACAAAAUAAAAACAGUGUUCGAUUGAGAAGCUAAACCCGCGCUCGUCGGUCGCAUAAUUCGGGUGAACACAAUUCCUGAUAACACCAGGCAAGCGUCUAAAAGCUUCUUCUUAGCAGUGGAACCUUCGGCUAACGAAUAGUGUUGAACGUAACAAUCCAUAGUAUUAUGCACACUUUAUCAAGGAAAGAAACGAACAGAAAUUAUUCAUGACCGCUGGACGGAUCGGUAAUUGUCCAGCAAGCAACCGACAGAAAAUAAGCGAAGAAAUGUCCAGUUCCGUACCGGAGUGAAUUCUUCCCUGCCAAUGGCCGAGGAGAAAAUCAAAUGAAUCGCUUAUUUAAUGAGAUUAAUUAUGCAUUCGUCAAUGUUGAUCAUCGCUGUCUUGCAGCUGGCGGUCAUACAUCCGACAGCUUCGACGGGAACAUCCACCGUGCUAGCCCCGCACGAGAUUUCCUAUCUGGUACUGAGCCAGUCGAGUGCGUUCUACGCCAGGCGUGCACUGGCUUUGCGGCAGAGCAUCCUCGAACAGCAGGCUAAGCUGGCCAAGUUCAAUGAUCAACCGGUCCCGCCCGAGCUUGGUACCCACUCCAGCAGUGACAACGUGCACCUUUCGCACGAGCUGUUCGCCGACCACGAGGGGUCCUGGGCAAUCACACCGAUUCUGAAGCACAUCCGGGCAAGCAUUCUGAAAGCGUCGCACGCCGGAACCCGCUGGCUGAUCAUAUGCGAGGAGAAUAGCCAGGUGAACGUGAGUCUAUUAGCGCACCAUUUGAGCAAAGAGGAUUAUCGACAGGAGCUCUUUCUCGGAUAUCCAUUGUAUGACCGCGAGGCAACCAUUAUUCAUCAUUUUGCGUUUUUCAAAAAUCCAUCAAGCUUUCUCUACCCCUACCUAAGGGCGGGAGUCGCCCUUACCGUACCGUUGGUGGACCGACUGAUCCAGGUACUGUCGAGUGCCGGUUCAACGCUGACGGAGUUCAUCAUCGAUGCUGCCCACGAAUUCGCACUCCUGGCGUGGAACCGGGGCACCGGCAGCCGACUGACACCGGUAUCCUAUCUGUGCGCUCGGUUCGACAAUACGUGCGCCAUUUAUGCAGGCCCCACCGUGGCCACAGAGGCGACCAUCGCUGAAACAGGUGAACCUGUUGCUAGCGGUGCACCCCACAUUCUGUUUGCUGUGAAAACGUGUGCAAAGUUUCACGAGGAACGUGUUCCGGUACUGUUGCAUACCUGGGCACAGUAUGUGCGCCAUCUGCGCCUCUACAGUGAUACCGGUGAUGUAAGCAUACCAACGAUUGCGACCAGCAUUCCCAACACCAGUAUCGGGCACUGUGCCAAAACGCUUGAAAUACUCCAUCUGAUAAAUGAGGAAAUUUUCCACAACUCUAGUCUGGCGGACGUCAGGUGGAUCAUGCUGGUGGACGAUGAUACAAUAUUGAGUCCCUCCGCACUCGUCCGGCAUCUGUCCUGUUUCGAUUUCAACAAAGACGUCUACCUCGGCGAACGGUACGGCUACCACCUACUGACAACGCGCGGUGAUGGCACAGCGGAAAGCGGUUACGGCUACAACUACAUCACCGGUGGGGGUGGAAUAGUCAUUAGCGUUACCAUCCUUGACGCACUGCUACGGUCGUGCGAAUGUCCUUCGGCAUCCUCGCCGGACGACAUGAUCAUUGCGGCAUGCCUGUAUCGGCUCGGUGUUCGUCCUGUUCAUUCCCCGCUAUUCCACCAGGCACGGCCAUCCGACUAUCCGCCAGAAAUUCUGGGCCCCGACAGUAUUUCCUUUCACAAGCAUUGGCAAAUCGAUCCGUACCACGUGUACAACAGGUGGUUUAGAUUGAACGAUGAGUUGUGGUACCGACAGAACACGGACCGAGUGACAAUCGAGAAUACAGUUAAUAACAAGCCACUGCUUCAUCCGAAUCAUAUCUGUAAUGAAAAUGAUAGCACACGACAACCGUUCAAUCGUCUAUCGCAUGCCAUUGGGAAUGUUGCCGCGCCGGCACAUGACAAGCAUAGCAAUCAGCAGCCACCAUCAGAUGGGAAGCAUUCAGCAACAACAGCGACCACGUCCAUGGCAAACCGCUAUCAAACUGAACAUAUCGGCAAUCCUUUCUGUGAGAGUAAUGAGCUUCAAUCAAACAGUAACCUACUGCUGAAUCGGCAUCAUGAGGUCAGCAGUCACAGCCUCCAGCAACCAAACAUAAUCAAACAUACCGAACUGUAAAGAGAAACAUAUCGGUUUAAAAGUAAAAACUGUUUAUCAAGCAGAUGAUAACCAAUCGCAAAGGAUUCCUCUCUAUAUAUGUAUAUAGAAUGAAGAAAUAAA